AUGACCUCCGAAGUUGAAAAGGCUCAGGCUGCUUGUCCCUCAGGGGAGGACACCAUUUUUGGCAAAAUUGUCCGCAAGGAAAUCCCAACAAGGUUCCUUUACGAGGACGAGCAAUGUGUCGCUUUUGACGAUAUCUCACCUCAAGCCCCUACACAUUUUCUGGUUCUACCUAAAAAACCCAUUCAAAUGCUAGAUUCUGCCACUGAGGGUGAUGAAGCGCUCUUAGGACAUUUGCUCAUAGUGGCGAAGAAAGUUGCCGCACUGAAGAACCUAACAAAGGGCUACCGGAUUGUGAUCAAUAACGGAAGUGAAGGUUGCCAAUCGGUCUACCAUCUGCAUAUCCACGUUGUUGGUGGAAAACAGCUGGGUUGGCCGCCAUGUUAA